AUGUACACGUGUAUACAAGUUACCGAGUCGAAUUCGACGACCGUGUCCAGCAAAACCGGAACUGGAUCGUAUGUAAAAACUGAAGUGCAUACUAGGACAACAACUUCUAGUAACCGUCUGACUAAAGCAAAUAGCGUUAGUUCUUCACCGUUUGCCAAGUUCCAGCAACUCGAACGCCAGAACUCGGCUCCAAACUCACAAACGCGUCCUUGCUAUAAAUUCACCGACCCCGCCUUGGCGCGGAGCGCUUCGUCAAUCAAAGAUCGCCUACUCAACUGGGUUAAAGCUCAGACGAAGGAAUAUAAGAACCUCCAAGUAACAAAUUUCUCGACGUGUUGGAGUGAUGGUCUUGCGUUCUGCGCCCUCAUCCAUCAUUUUUACCCGGAAGCAUUCGACUACGAUAAACUAACACCCGAAAAGCGAAGAGAAAAUUUCGAAAUUGCAUUCAAAGUAGCCGAGGACGAAGCAGGUAUCGCACCGCUUUUGGACGUCGAAGACAUGGUCGUCAUGAGGAAACCCGACUGGAAGUGCGUGUUCACUUAUGUGCAGACUUUCUACCGGCGAUUCCACAACGAUCCACGAUCCGUCAAACCUUCGUACUUCGAAUGA